UGAUUUUUGGUGUAAAUCUAGACUGUAAUUCUGUAAUAUAUCACAGGACCUCGUAAAACCGACAUUUAAACCUUCUGGUCUACAAAUCACGGGUCAAAUUAUGAGUUCAUUGUAUUAUGCGAACGCGUUGUUUUCCAAAUAUCAAGCGGCAAGUUCGGUGUUUCCAAGUGGGGUUUUUCCCGAACAAACUUCUUGCGCUUUCGCGUCCAGUUCCCAGCGAGCCAACGGCUAUGGCUCCAACUCCGGCGGCGCCUCAUUCUCCACUACCUCCUCAGCCUCCUCUCCACUGCCGGGGCUGUACAGUACCGGAGGAGCCUUGUCCAGUCAGAGCCAGAGCACGUACCCUGCAGGCUAUGGGUUUACCACUGGCCCACUAAACAUGCACUGCUCCCCCUUUGAUUACCCGGGUCUGGCAGCGAAGUGCACCGUAGAUCCGUCCAAGGCGCCCGGUGGUUGCAGUAAGGCAGACCAGCGGAGUUGUCAUCAACAAAGCGAGGACAACCUACGAAUUUAUCCCUGGAUGAGAAGUACAGGUGCGGACAGGAAACGAGGCCGGCAAACCUACACACGCUACCAGACCUUGGAGCUGGAAAAGGAGUUCCACUUCAACCGCUACUUGACCCGGCGGCGGCGCAUCGAGAUUGCGCAUGCGGUGUGCCUCACGGAACGUCAGAUCAAAAUCUGGUUCCAGAACCGACGGAUGAAGUGGAAGAAGGAGAACAAAACAGCGGGAUCAAGCUCUCCCACUACCGACGCGCCUGGCGGGGAUGAGGAGGAGGAGGACGAGGAAGAGUGACGGCGGCAUUGCGUGAACGGAGCGGGGCUCCAGACAGACUCUAAUUGUGAAACAGAAAUCCUUGUUCCCCUCAGUUUGUUUAACACUGAGUAAAACUACAAUUAUACUACCUAAUAAAAUAUUGUUGUUGUUCUGUAGAUGUGCAGAUUGAAGUCCCGUGUAGGCUGUAUGAGCAAUAGUCAUGUUUGGUUUUGCACAUAGGCACAGCCUAUAAAAUACUAUAUAAAAACUGACCAUUCGAUUUUGUUAAAUGAUGUUGAGAAUAGCUGUGCGCUCUUUUAUUGGGUUGAUUUUUUUUCAUGUCGGAGGGAAAAUGCAAAAAGGGACUCUUUAUAAAACAUUUAAAUAGGCUAACAAGCAAUUUCUCUCUUCCUAUGUAUUGAUUGAGAUAUUUUGUGUUUGUAUCAAAGCGCUUUUCUUCCUGUAGCAUUUAUAUUUUGAAAGAUGAAGGUCUUUGUGACAAAACAAUAUGUACAGAGGACAACGGGAUAUGAUUAUAUUAUUAUUCUUUUCUUCUUUUGGAGGGAGGGGAGGUGUCGUUGUGAAAUAUUAUGUGCGAUGCAAUUAAAACAACGAAAAAAAGGAAAGAAAACUGAA